AUGAGUGAUGUAAUUACAACAAUUCUUUCGGAUUAUUCACUUGAGGCCACGUCCAGGUUCUUCGAUCUCAAACCACUGAAAGCAUUCAGCUAUACCGGAAGUUCGAGCACAUUCAAUGGCAAGAGAUUCGUCAUUCAGCGAGAAAGUCGGACAGAAUACAACGGUGAUACUAUCAUAUUGGUUGGCUUUUUAGCAGACCGAAAAUCAAAAGUGUCCGCCUGGCUCGAAGGGUUCGAAUACUCGGUUGACAACAGCACCUGGACAGAGAUUGCUUGCAAACUUCCUCGAAAGGGAGCCUUCCUGAAGAGAAGUAAAGUACAGGCAGAGGCGGGAAAAUCUGGCGAACAAUGGCUCAAAAACCAGGCGUGGAAGUCAAUGGAGUCUCCAACUAUCGCAGACGUUACAGUGGCCCCGCGUAUUUCGGAGGAAGCAGCAUCUAGGCCUGAGCAAUGA